GGCUCCAAACAGGACGGCGCUGUGACCCUGCGGAACCCAGCCGACCUGCCGGGCGCCGGGGAGCGAGUGACGACGUGCUAACGAGUUAGCAGGGUAGCUAUUGCUAUCUAGUGUGCGCGCAGUGGAGGUGAUUUAUGUAUGAUAGAGAGCAAUAUUCCAGCAUAUAUUGCAUUUUAUUUUAGGUUAGCCAUCUAAGUGAUUUAAUUAUGCCUAGCAAAAAGAAGAAAUACAACGCCAGAUUCCCUCCGGCACGGAUUAAGAAGAUUAUGCAGACUGAUGAAGAAAUAGGCAAAGUGGCUGCCGCAGUACCUGUUAUUAUUUCGAGAGCCCUGGAGCUUUUUUUGGAAUCAUUGCUUACAAAGGCCUGUCAAGUCACCCAGUCUAGGAAUGCAAAGACGAUGACAACAUCGCAUCUGAAGCAGUGUAUUGAGCUGGAGCAACAGUUUGAUUUCUUGAAAGACCUGGUUGCAACGGUGCCAGACAUGCAGGGCGAGGGGGAAGAAAACCACACGGAGGGGGGAGGAGAAAAAGUCCCACGCAGGGGUAGAAAACCAGGGUCCGGCCGCAAGAACGGAGGAGCUGGCUCCAAAGGAAAGGACAAGAAGUUGUCUGGCACCGAGUCGGAGCAAGAGGAUGACUCUGAAGACAGUGAGACGGAUGGGGACGAGGAGGACGGCUUUCAGUCCAGCGCAAAUCUACCGCACAUACCCAGGUUCCACAGGGGUUUACACCUGCAGGACCUGUCCCCCUCCCACAGCUCAAACGAAUCCCAGCAGGACAUGCAAAUGGAAAGCCCGGCCUCAAUGGGCAACAUGGCCCCCGAACAGCCCCAGGGCGGCAUGGCCUUCGCCCCCCACCCCUCCAUGAUCAGCGUCGCACCACCUCCCCCAGCCCCGGAGCCGCACAAAAACGAGGAGGACGACGACGACGAAGACUAUGACUCUUAGCUCCCUCCUCCUCCUCCUCCUCCUCCUCCUCCUACACCACUCACACACGCACGUACACUCUUCCGACAUUAUUUUCGAUUCCUUAAGUUGUUGUCGCGGCGGCUGCUCUCAGCAGAGGAGGGAAAGACUCUUCAUCACGCCGAAAGCAAAGAGACGCCGCCGCAGGAGACAGAAAACUGGUUGUACAUUAUGUGUUUUAAUUUUCUUUUUCUUUUUAACAAAACAAAACAGUUUUAUUUUAUUGUAGAGGAGAAUCCAACGAGGAUGUUUUUUUAACGAGUCAGUUGUUCUAUUUUGACUAUAUAAAAAAAAAUAAAAAUGGCAGUCGUCACUAUUUUUGCCGUGAGCCCCCGCAGACAGGAUAGGUGUAGUUUGUGUUGCCUUGUAGCUUUUUUUUUUUUCUUUUUUCUUUUGGCACUUUUCUUUCUUCCUCGGUCCUCCGUAGUAGACUUAUGAAGUGGACAAAUGAGUCGCUAAAGGUUGGCUUGAAUAGUGGUAGUUGAAGCCUUAAAAUGGCCUUUGAUGCUCGAUAGGCUCUGAAAUACUGCUGUGAAGAUGUGUACUUCCCGGCUUUGUCACUCCAAUUGUCAGGCUGCAACAUAAACAAGGAAGCAGGUGUAUUUUUACUAUCGGUUAGCUAAACCACAGCUUUUUGGAAUUGGUUUCUAUUUUUAAUUCACGUUUUUAUCGAGAGAACCAUAAACCUCCACGACCACAACCAUGAAGUCAAAUGUAUCAGCAGGUUAGCGAUUUACACUUUUUGUGUUGGUCGCUGUCAGAGGUUAGGUGCUCCGGCAGUUGGGUCUUGUAUUAUUAUUUUUAUUUUAUACAACCAUUAAUUUCCCCUGAAUUGCCCAUCAGAAGUAUAAUGUGACUCUUGGACCAUAACUUUGUUUUUAAAGUUGUUUGUCUCCUUUUGUCCUCUGAUUUCUAUUCUGGCCACCCCUCCAACUUUUGGGUAAAUUUAUCUAUAGACAUUUUUUUUUUUCCCUCCUCUUUUUUAGAUUGUUUUAAAUGUAUCCAUGGAAAACCGAGAGGGGGGGCUCCCAUUUAUGUGUCAGUCUCAGUAUGAAAUGUUUCAGAAUAGACAGUUGAAGUUGACACUGUAUUGUAAACUUUUAACAUUCUUUUUAUUUUGUAUGGGUAAAAUAAAGUUCAUAUUUCAAUUAAAA